AGCCGUGGUACUCACGGCUUGAAACCAACAUAGUUUUAUUUAACUUUAUUUUAUUUAGUUAUUUUUUUGUUUUCUUUUAGUGAAAAUCUUGUGUAUGCAAGAUGUCGGACCCAAAGAAGAACCUGUUGUUAUUCUUCGACCGGCCCUCGGAGCCGUGCUUCAUGCAGAAGGGAGAUGAGAAGGCUGUCUUUGAGAUACCUGAGCACUACUACCCGGAGAAAUACAAGCAGCUAACGAGCACCAUCGCCAACCGUUUCGGAGAUGACGCCGGCCGUACUAUCCCAGUGCGUAACAUCGCGCUGCCGAACCUGACGCUGCCCAUGGAACUGCCCUACAACGAGCAGUUCUCUCUCUUCGUGCCCAAACACAGAGUCAUGGCGGGCAAGCUCAUUGACAUCUUCAUGGGUAUGCGUGAUCUGGAGGACCUACAGUCAGUCUGCUCGUUCUGCCAGCUGCGCAUCAACCCCUACAUGUUCAACUACUGCCUCUCCGUCGCUAUACUGCACAGGCCCGACACUAAAGGAAUCAACAUCCCGACCUUCGCGGAGACCUUCCCCGACAAGUUCAUGGACCCCAAGGUGUUCCGUAAAGCCAGGGAAGUCAGCAACGUCGUCACAUCAGGAGUCAGGAUGCCAGUAACAAUCCCAGUGAACUACACGGCCAACGAUUCAGAGCCUGAACAGCGCGUGGCUUACUUCCGCGAGGACAUUGGCAUCAACCUCCACCACUGGCACUGGCACUUGGUGUACCCCUUCGACUCUGCUGACCGUUCCAUCGUCAAUAAGGACAGGCGUGGAGAGCUGUUCUAUUACAUGCACCAGCAGAUCAUUGCCAGGUACAACAUGGAGCGUAUGUGCAACGGCCUGUCCCGCGUGGUGCGCUUCCAGAACUUCCGCGAGCCCAUCGAGGAGGGAUACUUCCCCAAGCUGGACUCGCAGGUCGCCAGCAGAGCCUGGCCGCCUAGGUUUGCCGGUACGACCAUCCGCGACCUGGACCGUCCCGUGGACCAGAUCCGCGCCGACGUGUCCCAGCUGGAGACCUGGCGGGAUCGCUUCGUGCAAGCUGUCGAGACCCUCUCCGUUACUCUGCCCAACGGGCGCCAAAUCCCCCUGGACGAGGAGCGCGGUAUCGACAUGCUGGGCAACAUGAUGGAGUCGUCCAUCAUCAGCCCUAACCGCGGGUACUACGGUGACCUCCACAACAUGGGACAUGUCUUCAUCUCCUACUCGCACGAUCCUGACCAUCGCCACUUGGAACAAUUUGGCGUGAUGGGUGACUCGGCAACGGCCAUGCGCGACCCCGUGUUCUACCGCUGGCACUCGUACAUCGACGACUUGUUCCAGCUCUACAAGUACAAGCUCAACCCAUACGGAGAUGACAAGCUGGACUUCCCGGGCAUUCGUGUAUCGAGCGUGAGCAUCGAGGGCGCGGCGGGGCGCAACACGGUGGGCACGCACUGGGAGCUCAGCACGGUGGAGCUCGGACGCGGGCUCGACUUCACGCCGCGCGGCUCCGUGCUCGCCAGGUUCACGCAUCUACAGCAUCAGGACUUCAACUACGUCAUCGAGGUGAACAACACGUCGGGCCAGUCCGUGAUGGGCACGGUCCGUAUCUUCAUGGCGCCCGUACAGGACGAGCGCGGCGCCCCGCUGACCUUCGACGAGCAGCGCCGCGCCAUGAUCGAACUAGACAAGUUCACCGCUGGCUUACGUCCGGGUAACAACACAAUCCGUCACCGCAGCGUGGACUCCUCCGUUACCAUCCCCUACGAGAGGACCUUCCGUGACCAGUCUGCCCGGCCGGGCGACCCAGGUACGGCGGAGUCGGCGGAGUUUGACUUCUGUGGGUGUGGGUGGCCACACCAUAUGUUGAUCGCCAAGGGCAACCCCCAGGGGUACCCCGUCGUACUCUUCGCCAUGGUCUCCAAUUGGGCUGAGGACAGGAUCGAGCAAGACCUUGUAGGUUCCUGCAAUGACGCGGCGUCGUACUGCGGCAUCCGCGACCGCAAGUACCCAGACCGGCGCGCCAUGGGCUUCCCCUUCGACCGGCCCUCCACCGCCCAGAGCCUCUCCGACUUCUUGCGUCCCAACAUGGCCGUGCAGAACUGUUCCAUUCGGUUCUCCGACACGACCAUCCCAAGGCAACAAAGACGGUCUGCCUCCGUUUCCUCCGAUUCGUCCGAUUCGUCGUACUCAUCCAUAUCGUCGGCCUCGUCUGGUCCAAGUCCGCCCCACCACCAGCCCUGUGGCUGUCCAGACGACACUCUAACUCCUGCUGAAAUAGCAGCCAUUAUAAAGAAGCCAUAUUUUGCUGACAAAUGCAAACCUGUUAGACAUUACGAUUACAUUUUUACACCAAAUCCUAUUCAUAAACAUACGAAGACUUCGAAAAAGUAUAAAUAAACUAUCCUUCGUCAUUCCGACAAUACAUUUCCUUCAGUUUUGGACAUACUUCAUUUUUAUAAAAGCAGGUUAUAUUACCUACUUUUUUUUGGAGGCAGAUUUACAAAUCAAUCAGUUUUACAAACUUUUAUAUAAAUUAUUUAACCGUUGCAUGAAUAUUUUGAAAUUAAUACAGUUUUUUGUAUCAUAUCAAAAGUUCUUAUAUGUUAUUUCACACAUUAUUUACUGUUUUAUUCAAUGCUAACGGAGAUAAGUGAUAUAUAUUUUGAUAAAGGCAAUGUGACAAAAUUUAAUCGAGAUUAUUCGUGGUCAUUGAAUAUAUUUAUUAUUCCCGAAUGUUUUUAAUUCUGUUUGUCUGUUAUGUUGUUACUGGUACGACUUGGCAUACAUAAAGGUUUCCGAUUUAUCCUAGCUUUAGUUUAACAUAAGUAUAGUUAUAAGUAAAUGGGUCUGUAAAUAUUGUAAAUAGUUGUUAGUUUUAUAUUACACAGUAUGUAAAUACUUUGAUUCUUGAGACUGAAUAAAUUAGCCUUUUACCAAAA